AUGACGUCGAUUUUAGUGUCUUACAAAAAUCUACCUUUUGGAGGAAAAAUCAUUGUUCUUGGAGGUGAUUUUCGACAGAUUUUGCCUGUUAUUCCUAAAGCUUCUGGGGCUAAGAUUGUUAUGGCAUCAAUCAAUUCUUCAAUUCUUUGGAAGCACUUUGAAGUGUUGACAUUGACAAAAAAUAUGCGGUUAGAAAGUGUUACAAAUCAAUCAAAUCUGGAAGAAUUGAAAAGAGCCAUAUUAGCUCCAACAGUAGAGAUUGUUGAAAAAAUGAAUGAUCACAUUGUUCAAUUGCUACCUGGGACAGAAAAAGAGUAUCUAAGUGCUGAUUCUAUAUGUGGUAGUGAUGCUUAUUGUAACGUUGAUGUUGAUUGGAUAAAUACUGAGUUUUUGAAUCAAAUAAAAUGUUCAGGGUUACCGAAUCACUCAUUGAAAUUGAAGAAAAGUGUGCCUAUUAUUUUGUUGAGAAAUAUUGAUCCAGCUAGUGGCUUAUGCAAUGGUACUCGCCUUAUUGUUAGAGAUAUAGGAACAAAUAUGAUUGGAGCUGAGAUUGUCUCAGGGAGUCACAUUGGAGAUAAAGUUUUCAUUACUCGGAUGAAUUUAAUUUCGAGUGACGCUGGGAUACCUUUCAAAUUUUAA